CCAAUUUCCACCGCGGCCAAUUCAUGGACAGGAACUACCCCAGCGCCGGCUUCGGGGACCCGCUCGGCGCCGGGGCGGGAUGGAGUUACGAGAGGUCAGCGAAAGCUAGCUUGGUCUAUGGCAGCUCCAGGACCUCGCACCCCGAGACGGACAUCUUACACCGCCAGGCCUAUGCGGCCCCCCACCCACUGCAAAGCUAUGCCACCAACCACCACCCGGCAGGCCUCUCUGGACUCUUCGACACUGGCCUCCACCAUGCAGGCUCAGCAGGGCCCGACGCCUCCGUCAUGAACCUCAUUUCCGCCCUGGAGUCCCGGGGCCCCCAGCCAGGCCCCUCUGCCUCCUCUCUCCUCUCCCAGUUCCGUAGUCCUUCCUGGCAAACAGCCAUGCACACACCAGGCCCCACGGAACUCUUCAUCUCGGGUGCCCUACCGGCUUCCAGCACCUUUCCGUCCUCCUCUGCCCUGUCUGCCUACCAGCACCCAGCUUCCUUCGGCAGCCGUCCCUUUCCAGUACCCUCGUCCCUCAGCCUCCAGGACCCCCCAUUCAGUCCUCCUGCUAAUGGGCUCCUGUCCCCUCAUGAUGUGCUGCACCUGAAGCCUUCACAGGCACCCACGGUACCCUCCUCGUUGGGCUUUGAGCGCCUGGCAGGAGGCGGCGUUCUGGGGCCUGCUGGCCUUGGCCCGGCCCAGACUCCCCCUUACCGCCCUGGACCCCCAGAUCCACCCCCACCUCCCCGCCACCUCCCCACUCAGUUCAAUCUACUGGCUUCUUCUUCCGCUGCUGCCGCUGCUGCCGAACAGUCCUCCCCCCAGCUCUACAACUUCUCGGGUGCUGCCCCAGGCCCACCGCCCCCUGAGCGGGCCCUGCCCCGCCAGGACACCGUCAUAAAGCACUACCAGCGGCCAGCCAGUGCCCAGCCCCCACCACCUCCGCCACCAGCCCAUGCCCUCCAGCACUACCUGAGCUGUGGGGGCAGCUACCCCUCCAUGGGCCACCGGGCUAACUUGGCCUGCAGCCCCUUGGGCGGUGGGGAGCCCUCCCCGGGCUCUGGUGAACCCAGCAAGGCUGGUCCCAGUGGAGCCACAGCUGGAACGUCAGGUCGAGCCACGGGCCCUGAGGCAGCUGGGGGUGGUGGGGCCGGAGGUGGUGGUGGAGGUUAUCGCCCCAUCAUUCAGUCGCCGGGUUAUAAGACAGGCAAAGGUGGUUAUGGAGCAGCUGCUGGGGGUGCCACCAGACCCCCACCACCUCGCUCUACUGCCACACCCAAGUGUCAGAGCCUGGGUGGUCCGGCAGCAGCCUAUGCCACGGGGAAGACCUCUGGGGCAGGUGGGGCUGGGGGCCAGGCCUAUUCUCCUGGUCAGCCCCAAGGGCUCCUGGGACCACAGGCCUAUGGGCAGGGGUUUGGAGGGGGUCAAGCACAGGACUUGAGCAAAGGACCCAGCUACUCAGGGGGUCCCCCACAGCCUCCUGGUGGCCCACCACCUCCUGGUCUAGCCACAUGUCAGAGCUACUCUCCAGAUCAGCUGCAGGGGCAGCUCUAUGGGGUGCAGGGAGAGCCUUACCCAGGCCCAGCUGCCCACUCCCAAGGGCUGCCCACAGCCAGCCCCUCGCUCAGCUACAGUACUGGCCAUUCCCCGGCACUCUCGGGCCAUGGAGGUGGCUGGGGACCCGGCUCCCUGGGAGGUGGUGGGGAGGCCAGCCCGUCCCACAUCAUCCGUCCUCUUCAGUCACCACCAGCUACUGGCCGCCCGCCUGGAGUCGGCUCUCCAGGAGCCCCUGGCAAAUACCUGAGCUCAGUCUUGGCCUCUGCCCCGUUCCUGGCGCCCCCAGGAGCUGGUAACUAUGCAGCUGGAGCAGGUGGCUACAAGGGCAAGGGUGAUGGCUCUGAGCUGCUGGCAGGCCCUGGUGGGCCUCCAGCUGAGCGCACUGAGGAUGAGGAAUUCCUUAUCCAGCACCUCCUGCAGGCACCCAGCCCACCUCGGACCUCGGGGGCAGAUGGCUUAGUGGGCGAGGAUGGGGCACCAGAUGCCUCCAAGGGACUUGGGGGUAGUGGCGGGGCCGGGGGAACGCCAGGCACACCCUAUGAAUUGGCCAAGGAAGACCCCCAGAGGUACCACUUGCAGAGUGUUAUUCGAACCAGUGCCAGCCUGGAUGAAGGUGCCACGGCAGCCCUGGAGUUGGGCCUGGGGAGGCUGAAAGAGAAGAAGAAAGGGCCAGAACGGGCUGGCGAGACCCCUGAGGGACUGGCCACCUCAGUUGUCCACUAUGGGGCAGGUGCCAAGGAGCUGGGGGCCUUCUUACAGAAAAGUCCACCACCCCCACCUCCCACUGCCCAGCCCGCCCAGCCCAACCCCCAUGGCCUCCUUCUGGAGGCUGGAGGCCCUGACCUCCCGCUGGUGCUGCCUCCACCUCCACCACAAUUGCUCCCUUCUGUCCUCAGCCAUGCCCCUAGCCCCUCUCCUAGCGCCCCCAAAGUCGGUGUCCACCUUCUUGAGCCAAGCACCCGUGAUGGGGCACCCCAGCCGCCACCGCCCCCGCCUCCACCACCCAUGCCCCUCCAGCUCGAGGCCCACCUCCGCAGCCAUGGCCUGGAGCCUGCAGCCCCCAGCCCCCGUCUCCGACCAGAGGAAAGCCUAGAACCUCCAGGUGCCAUGCAAGAAUUGCUUGGGGCUCUGGAGCCACUGCCCCCAGGGCCUGGUGACACCGGCGUGGGCCCACCUAACUCUGAGGGCAAGGAUCCUGCGGGUGCCUACCGAAGCCCCAGCCCACAAGGCACCAAGGCCCCACGCUUCGUACCGCUCACCUCCAUCUGCUUCCCUGACUCCUUGCUCCAGGACGAGGAGCGCAGCUUCUUCCCCACCAUGGAGGAGAUGUUUGGCGGAGGGGCGGCAGAUGACUAUGGCAAGGCUGGGCAGCCAGAGGACGAGGGUGAUCCCAAGGCUGGUGCUGGCCCACCUCCAGGCCCCCCUGCCUAUGACCCCUAUGGGCCCUACUGCCCUGGCCGGGCAUCUGGAGCUGGGCCUGAGACGCCGGGCCUGGGCCUGGACCCCAACAAGCCACCGGAGCUGCCCUCCACGGUCAACGCUGAGCCGCUGGGCCUGAUCCAGAGUGGGCCGCACCAGGCGCCACCCCCACCCCCGCCUCCCCCUCCACCGCCUCCACCACCUGCCUCGGAGCCCAAGGGUGGCCUCACCUCGCCCAUCUUCUGCUCAACCAAGCCAAAGAAGCUGCUCAAGACGUCCUCCUUCCACCUGCUGCGACGCCGCGACCCACCCUUCCAGACGCCCAAGAAGCUGUACGCCCAGGAGUACGAGUUUGAGGCCGACGAGGACAAGGCCGAUGUGCCUGCGGACAUUCGCCUCAAUCCCCGGCGCCUGCCUGACCUGGUUUCCAGCUGUCGCUCCCGGCCAGCCCUGUCACCCCUGGGUGACAUCGACUUCUGCCCACCUAACCCAGGCCCUGAUGGCCCCCGGCGCCGAGGCCGCAAGCCCACCAAGGCGAAGCGCGAUGGUCCUCCCCGGCCCCGGGGAAGGCCCCGGAUCCGCCCACUGGAGGUCCCCACCACCACUGGGCCAGCCUCAGCCUCCACACCUAGUGAUGGGGCCAAGAAACCCCGGGGCAGGGGCCGUGGCAGGGGCAGAAAAGCCGAGGAGGGCGGGGGCACCCGGCUGGAGCCCCUGAAGCCACUUAAGAUCAAGUUGUCUGUGCCCAAGGCUGGUGAAGGGCUGGGAGCCUCGUCAGGCGAUGCCAUGUCGGGUGUGGACCACAACAGCCUGGACUCCAGCCUGACCCGGGAGAAGAUCGAGGCCAAGAUCAAAGAGGUAGAGGAGAAGCAGCCAGAGAUGAAGUCAGGCUUCAUGGCCUCCUUCCUGGACUUCCUCAAGUCAGGCAAGCGCCACCCGCCACUGUACCAAGCAGGCCUGACACCCCCGCUCAGUCCCCCCAAGAGUGUGCCACCUUCUGUGCCAGCCCGAGGCCUGCAGCCCCAGCCGCCCGCUGCACCCACUGUGCCACACCCGCCACCUGCUGGCGCCUUCGGGCUGGGGGGUGCGCUGGAGGCUGCGGAGAGUGAGGGGCUGGGGCUGGGCUGCCCUUCGCCCUGCAAGCGGCUGGACGAGGAGCUGAAGCGGAACCUUGAGACGCUGCCCUCUUUCUCCUCGGAUGAGGAAGACUCCGUGGCCAAGAACCGGGACCUACAGGAGAGCAUCUCGUCAGCCAUCUCUGCCCUUGAUGACCCACCCCUUGCUGGGCCUAAGGACACUUCUACCCCAGAGGGGCCGCCCUUGACCACUGCAUCUGCAGUCCCAGGGCCACCCCCUCUCCCCGGGCUCCCCAGUACCAACAGCAAUGGCACACCUGAACCCCCGUUGCUGGAGGAGAAACCCCCACCCUCGCCGCCUCCUGCCCCAGCACCUCAGCCUCAGCCUCCACCACCCCCACCACCGCCUCCGCCAGCACCAGCCCUGCCCUCACCACCCCCACUGGUGGCCCCUGUGGCCAGCUCGCCACCUCCAACGCAGCCACCCCCUCCACCAGCCCUGCCCUCGCCACCACCACCACCACCACCGCCGCCGCCUCCGCCACCACCAGCCCCGCCGGUUGCUGCCCCGCCGGUUGCUCCCCCGCCAGUUGCCCCUCCCGAGGAACCUGCUGCCCCGUCCCCCGAGGACCCCGAGCCACCAGACGCUCGGCCCCUGCACCUGGCCAAGAAGCAGGAGACGGCAGCUGUGUGUGGGGAGACUGACGAGGAGGCUGGCGAGAGCGGUGGGGAGGGCAUCUUCAGGGAGCGGGACGAGUUUGUCAUCCGAGCUGAGGACAUCCCUUCACUCAAGCUGGCACUGCAGACAGGGCGUGAGCCCCCACCCAUCUGGAGAGUCCAGAAGGCGCUUCUGCAGAAAUUCACUCCGGAGAUCAAGGACGGCCAGAGGCAGUUUUGUGCUACCAGCAAUUAUUUGGGGUAUUUUGGUGAUGCGAAAAACCGGUACCAGCGCCUCUAUGUAAAGUUUCUGGAAAAUGUCAACAAGAAGGAUUACGUGAGGGUGUGUGCGCGGAAACCCUGGCACCGGCCCCCGGUGCCAGUCAGGCGCUCCGGGCAGGCCAAGGGCCCUGCAUCGGCAGGGGGCAGCUCUGCACCUCCGACCAAGACCCCAGCACCACCUCCCAAACCUGAGACCCCUGAGAAGACGACAUCCGAGAAGCCCCCAGAGCAGAUGCCUGAGUCAGCUGUGCCCGAGUCCCCCGCCUCUGAGAAGCCGUCCCCACCACGACCCGUGGAGAAGGAGAAGGAGAAGGAGAAGGAGAGGGUGACGCGAGGGGAGCGGCCAUCGAGAGGCGAGCGGGCCACCGGUGGGCGACAGGCACGGCCAGAGCGGAGCCUCGCCACAGGACAGCCUACCACCUCCCGGCUGCCCAAGGCACGGCCCACCAAGGUGAAGGCCGAGCCACCCCCUAAGAAGAGGAAGAAGUGGCUGAAGGAGGCCGUGGGCAACGCCUCGGCGGGUGGGGGCCCACCAGGCAGCUCCUCCGACUCGGAGUCAUCCCCGGGAGCUCCUAGCGAGGACGAGCGGGCUAUACCGGGGCGUCUACUGAAGACUCGGGCGAUGCGCGAGAUGUACCGGAGCUACGUGGAGAUGUUGGUGAGCACAGCCCUCGACCCGGACAUGAUCCAGGCCCUGGAAGACACGCAUGACGAGCUGUACCUGCCACCCAUGCGGAAGAUCGACGGCCUCCUGAAUGAGCACAAGAAAAAAGUCCUGAAGCGGCUGUCACUGAGCCCCGCCCUGCAGGAUGCCCUGCACACGUUCCCACAGCUGCAAGUAGAGCAGAGUGGGGAGGGCUCCCCCGAGGAAGGGGCGGUGCGACUGCGGCCUGCUGGGGAACCCUACAACCGCAAGACGCUCAGCAAGCUCAAGAGGAGUGUGGUCCGAGCCCAGGAGUUCAAGGUUGAACUGGAGAAAUCGGGAUACUACACACUCUACCAUUCACUCCACCACUAUAAAUACCACACCUUCCUGCGCUGCCGAGACCAGACCCUGGCCAUCGAGGGCGGCGCAGAGGACCUGGGCCAGGAGGAGGUGGUCCAGCAGUGCAUGCGGAACCAGCCAUGGCUGGAGCAGCUCUUUGACUCCUUCAGUGAUCUGCUGGCCCAAGCACAGGCCCACAGCCGCUGCGGGUGACCCCACCCCACUUGGGGGGGCACCUCCUCCAUGAACCGAGAAUUGGGACAGAACUGUGUCCUCAGGAGCUAACCCCUGGGCUCCGUUGCUGCCAGGAUGGGGGGGUCGCUGGUCAGGGUGUGUCCAUGCUGCCCCCCCUCCCCCCUGGGCAGGGUUCAGAGUUUGACUACCCCCUCUCCCGAGCCCUCUCUACUCCCUCCCCAUUCCUCCCACUGUUCGGUGUACAGAGAAAUUAUUUAUAUAUAUGUAUAAAUGUCUAUUUAGUAACGGUUUCCCUCCCCCCUGUCCCAAUCCCCUGCCUCCAUGGCCAUAGCCCUGCCCCCUCCACCUUGUACAUAAUGUAUAGGAAAAGUCUAUGUAUGGUUGAGGGGGGGCGGGGUGGCUUCAGAGAGCUGGGGGAACCCCUCCCUCCCAAGCCCCCCAUAUAGGCCAAGAUCUUUGCUAAAGGCCAUCCCUCCCCAGGGCAUUCAGCGACGGGUGGGAGGGGGAAAACGCAUCUUGUUAAUUAUUUUUAAUCUUAUUUAUU